GUAAUCCGUAAUCGUUUCAUUGACACUGGCCUCGACUCGACGAGGCGCGGCUCAACUUGAGAUCCGUUACCAGCACAUCUAUUGCAUUCUGCAUUCGCUACUAACAAAAUCAGCCCGUUAUUGAGGACGGAUACGAUUUCUUCCUUGCAAGGAUGCCGCCGUGAUAACACAAUGGCCAAGGCCACGACUCACAGCUCUAAUAGAGAGCAAACGCGCAGCACGAAUUCAACCGAAGCUCCCGCAAACGAAGAGCAGCAUGGUCUGCUAGCAGGAACCGCUUCUGAUGAAGAUGAGGACGAGGAAGAGGACGAGAACGAGAACGACAUCAUAGCAUAUCCAAACAACGGUGACCUCGACGCUCCUCCUAGUUCCAUUCGCACUCCGGGCACUCCAAGAACCCCUAAUCGAGUCCGGUUUGAUCUAAGACCUACUAAUAUUCCACCUCCUGCGAACGGCCAUGAUCGUCCAGCCUCACCCGUUGAUUACUUCGACAUUGUCGACCCCGAUAGCCCUACCUACGACGAUUCAACAUCAAGGCACCCCUUGCUAACCGACAUCGAAGCUCCCUCUGUGACCCUAGCCAACAGCCUCGACGAUGACGUCCACGAGUGGGCCGAACGAGAACGGACGAGGCCCAAAUCUGGGAUGCGCUCUGCGUUUAUGAAUAUGGCGAAUAGUAUUAUAGGCGCCGGCAUUAUCGGACAGCCCUACGCAUUCAAGGACGCCGGUCUAGUGGCGGGCAUCGUAUUGCUUAUCAGUCUAACCAUCAUCGUCGACUGGACCAUUCGUCUGAUCGUCAUCAACAGUAAACUAAGCGGCGCGAACAGCUUUCAGGGCACAGUCGAGCACUGCUUUGGCAAACCGGGACUGGUUGCCAUAAGCGUUGCGCAAUGGGCUUUCGCGUUCGGCGGCAUGGUUGCCUUUGGAAUCAUUGUUGGCGAUUCGAUACCACAGGUUCUACGCACGAUAUGGCCGGGCUUGAGCAGCACACCCGUGUUAUGGCUCCUCGCAGACCGCAGAGCGGUUAUUUGUUUCUUCAUACUUGGAAUAAGUUACCCGUUGACGUUAUAUAGAGAUAUUGCAAAGCUCGCCAAAGCAAGCACAUUCGCUUUGAUCAGCAUGGGUGUCAUCUUAGUUACCGUCGUCGUCCAAAGCGUUCUUACUCCCGCGGAAAACCGCGGCUCUUUUACCUUGCCGUUACUCACGAUAAAUGAUGGCAUAUUUCAGGCUGUUGGCGUUAUUUCUUUUGCAUUCGUCUGUCAACAUAAUUCUCUCCUAAUAUACGGCUCCCUAAAGACACCAACAAUAGACCGGUUUGCAAAGGUGACUCACUACUCUACGGGCAUCUCCAUGCUGGCGUGUAUGACUAUGGCCCUCGCAGGCUUCCUUACCUUCGGAGAUAAGACGCUCGGAAACGUGCUGAACAACUUCCCGGCCGAUAAUACGAUGGUGACGAUCGCGCGGCUUUGUUUCGGGUUGAACAUGCUCACGACGCUACCGCUAGAGGCGUUCGUCUGUCGGGAGGUCAUGAUGAACUAUUGGUUUCCUAACGAGCCUUUCAAUAUGAACCUGCACCUGAUCUUCAGCUCUGCAUUGGUCGUCUCGGCCAUGAUGCUAAGUCUGCUGACGUGCAAUCUCGGGGUCGUAUUCGAACUCGUUGGUGCGACGAGCGCCUGCGCGCUGGCGUAUAUCUUGCCGCCGCUGUGUUAUAUCAAGUUGAGUUCAAGGUCGUGGAAGACGUACGUCGCCAUGGGCAUCGUGGCGUUUGGGUGUUCGGUCAUGGUUAUCAGCAUGUUCCAAGCCAUUGGCAAGAUGAUCAAAGGUUAGUUUAGCUGCCGACGUGGCUACCCGUCUUUAUCCGUACUUGAGCUGACUUAUAUCUUUUUUUCUUUUUUUCGCAGGCGGGGGCGAACCAUCCCAGUGCGUCUAAGGCUAUGGGAUUUGACCUUGGCCUCGUCCUUGGCCUUGUAUAUUAUUCAUACACGUAAUGCGAAGCUCCUUUGGGGCUUGGAGUAAAGAGAGGCAAACUGCAUAUUGCAUACAGCAGCCCGCUAUUUAAUAACGCCAGUCCCCCCAGUCGGCAUCGAAACGGUCGCGCGAUGGUGGUUGAAUCAUCGGGCAACGCCACCGACGGCAGCCGUACCAGACGGAGGAGUUUAUUAUGAUUUGAGGGUGUUCCAGGCUCUAGGGCGUGGAGGGGGAUGCGCCUAUGUGCAGCUCUCCACCUCGGUUGUCCUGCAGGUGCACAUACAUACCUAGACAUGGAAUAGUAGUAGGAGGGGGGGUGGUAUGCGUGUGUGCGUGUGCGUGUGUG